AUGGGACGGUCAGAUGAUGCGAACUACUCUCCUUGCUUUGUCACUACCACCACCACCACCAUGUCCCAAGCUGAGUACCCGACUUACGAUACCAAGGGCAUGCCCUUCCGAAAACUGGGACCCAGUGGUCUCCGGGUCCCUUUGCUCUCUCUUGGCGGCUGGCUUACUCUGGGCGGAUCUGUUACUGGAGACCCCGUGAAGGAGAUCAUCAAGGCUGCGUUCGAUAAUGGCAUCAAUAUGUUCGAUACCGCAGAGGCUUAUGCGGGGGGCAAAUCCGAGCUCGAGAUGGGACGAGUGAUCAGGGAACUCGGCUAUAAACGGUCCGACCUGAUUAUCUCUACCAAGAUCUUCUGGGGACUGCGCAGCGGCCCCAACGCUUCUGGGCUGUCUCGCAAGCAUGUCAUCGAGGGAACCAAAGACGCGCUCGAACGUCUGCAGAUGGACUACGUCGACGUGAUCUUCGCGCACCGGUGUGAUAGAACCGUCCCCAUGGAGGAGAUUGUGCGCGCAUUCAACUUUGUUAUCGAUCAAGGAUGGGCUUUCUACUGGGGAACCUCGGAAUGGAGUGCGGGAGAGAUCGAAGAGGCGCAUCAUAUCGCGACCAAAUUCAAUCUCAUCGCACCGAUCGCUGAACAGGUGCAACACAAGCAAGUUCCAUUCUUUUCGCAGCUUAUCAUCUUCUCAACCCUCGCGCUCACAGUAUGUUCCAUCGAGAACGCGCUGAAAAGGAAUAUGCGUUCCGGUUUGUACCGCAAAUACCAGUACGGGACUACUCUCUGGUCGCCGCUUGCGUCUGGUCUCCUCACUGGCAAGUAUAACAACGGCAUCCCACCCGACUCCCGCUUCGCUCGUGAAGCGAUGUUCAAGAGCCGGGCCGACGACCUACAGAGAGAGGCGGGUCUAGAGAAGAUCGAGAAGGUCAAGAAGCUUACCAAGAUCGCCGAAAGUCUCGAUUCGACUCCCACCGCGCUAGCGCUGGCGUGGCUAGCCAAGAACCCCAACACCUCGACCAUUAUUUUGGGCGUCACCUCCGUCCCGCAGCUUCUGGAGAACCUUGAAGCCCUCAAAGUACUGCCCAAGAUCACAAAGGAGCACCUGGCUGAAAUCGAGGAGAUCCUCCAGAAUCAACCAACCGCGAAUGAAAAGUACAGCCGUCCGCCGCUCGAUCCGCACGGCAGACCGUUCCUGGAUGUCUACGGCAGACUUUGAGUUGCUUCGUCGUAUAUGUACAUCGUAGAGGAGAUAUAGUGAAAUCAGAGCUCGAACAAGAAAUCUUCUCCCGCAACAGUCUCGAACUUCAACGCGGCACCGAAAGAAUCAUGACCGACACCCUGCCAGCCAGCUUUAGGUGCGCCACUGGCCACGGCCCGGGCCUUCCCGUAGCAGCGACAGGCUUCACGGUUCUCGCACUCGGCACCGUCGGUCGCGAGAUGCCAGUCGAUCUCGUCGUAGCCACGACCGGUUUCUUUGCUACCGCAAGCCGGGGACCAGGAGCAGACCUCGUCGUGACGGCCGCUGCAGAUCGGGUUCGAGUCGUAGCAGUCGAGAUAGAGCGCGAAGGCCCAGGAACGACAGGCUUCCGCAGACCGCUUUUCUUCGGUGGAGCACGAGGUUUGACAUGAACGGCGAACGGGUCAUCAGGCUCGAGUGCUGAGCAGAUAUCAGCGGCCGCGAGCAGCACAUGCAGAGUAACGCACGGAUGUCAGGGCGUGCAUCGUCGCCCAUAGGGAACGAGCGCGUCAUCUGCAGCAGGCUUCUGCCAACCUGACCGUAGUCGGGCAGCGCAAAGUCGAAGGGCGGUGCGUAGUCUGUAGCAGCCACGGGUGGUGGCAUGUACUCGAUCUCAUCGUAGUCGUCGUCCGGCGUCCCAACACCAACCCCCUCGGUCCCCGGCUCGGGGAGCACGGCGGCGGGACUGUCAAUCACCUCCCACGGGUUUCCGUU